UCCCGCCGUCGCGCGCCAUGCCCGACUCGGCCUCGCCGCCGCAGCGCCAACGAUGGCCCCCUCCCUCGCCGCCACGCCGCUCCCCGCCACCUCCUCUCACCCCAGCUCAUCCUCCUCCGUCCAGCUCCUCCGCUCGCUCGCGCGCUCCCGCCGUGCGGACCACGCCCACCGCGCGCUCCUCCUCUUCCGCUCCCUCCACGCCUCCCCCUCCCCGCCGCCCCCGCACUUCUCCCUCCCGGCCGCGCUCUCCGCCGCUUCCUUUCUCUCCGCGCUCCCCGAGGGCCGCCAGCUCCACGCGCUAGCGGCCAAGCUCGCGCUCGCCCCGGCCCACACCGUCGUCGCCAACUCCCUCCUCCACCUCUACGCCUCCUGCGGCCUCCCCGACGCCGCGCUCGCGCUCUUCCGCUGCAUCCCCGCCAAGUCCCUCGUCUCCUGGAACACCGCCGUCGACGCGCUCGCCAGCAACGCCGACCACCUCGGCGCGCUCGACCUCUUCAGGGAGAUGCAGCGGGACACGGGCCUCGCGCCCGACGCCUACACCCUGCAGAGCGUCCUCGGCGCGUGCGCCGGGGCCGGCGCGCUCUCGCUCGGGGUCUACGCGCACGCGCUGCUGCUGCGCGAGCUCGGGGGCCACGGCGACGUGUCCCGCGACGUGCUCAUCAACAACUCGCUCGUCGACCUUUACGGCAAGUGCGGGGCCGUCGAGCUCGCGCGGCAGGUGUUCGACCGGAUGCCCGAGCGGGACGUCACGUCGUGGAACGUGGCGAUCCUCACGCUCGCCAACCACGGAUGCGUGCGCGAGUCCGUGGAGCUGUUUGAUCGGAUGACGCGGGUGGAGAAUGUUGUGCCCAACGCAAUCACCUUCGUCGCGGUUCUUAGCGCGUGCAACCAUGGCGGGAUGGUGGAGGAAGGCAGAAGAUACUUCGACAUGAUGGUGGGCGAGUACAGGAUCAGGCCGAGGAUCGAGCACUACGGGUGCAUGGUGGACAUAUUGGCACGAGCUGGCUUCAUCGAAGAGGCUCUGGAUGUUGUGUCCGGCAUGAACUGCCGGCCUGAUGCCAUCAUCUGGAGGAGCCUACUAGACGCAUGCUGCAGGCAGAAUGCCCGCUUAGAGCUUAGCGAGGCCAUGGCCAAGCUGGCACUUGAUGUUCCGGAUGAUGCUGUCAGCGGUGUCUACGUCCUGCUCUCGAGGGUCUACGCAUUCGCACAGAAGUGGAACGAUGUGGGCAUGGUCCGGCGGUUGAUGAGCGACGAGGGUCUCAAAAAGGAGCCAGGGUUCAGCUCCAUUGAAAUGGAUGGUUUGGUUCAUCAGUUUGUCGCAGGCGACACGUCACACCCCCAGUCGGAGGAGAUAUACGCGAAGCUGGACGAGAUCGGACAGAGGCUUGCGUCCUCUGGAUACAAGCCAGACUUGUCAGAGGCUCGCAUGGUUGCUGGCAUGGACCAUACCAAGGGUGCCGCCCUCCGUUUGCACAGCGAGCGGCUAGCCAUAUCGUUUGGUUUGCUCAAGGGGACAGCUGGUGCGCCUAUUCGGAUCCUGAAGAACCUUAGGGUGUGCAAAGACUGCCAUACUAUCAGCAAGCUCAUAACAGGGCUCUAUGGUGUUGAGAUCAUUGUUAGGGACCGGAUUCGGUUUCACCAUUUCAAGGAUGGAGCAUGUUCCUGCAAAGACUACUGGUGAUACUUGAGCCAAAGAGACUGCACUGCUGACGUUUUGUUGAGAGUGCCCUAGCAAAACAUAUAAUGCAUCUCUGCAGGUGUUCAAGACACGAAAUGAACUAGGGGGUGUACCGAAGCAUGUCUCUUCUUCAUUAUUUUAGUUGUCCAGAUCGAAAUUAGCUGAUUGGUCAGAUAAACAGGAUGUUAUUAGAUACAUGUUCGACUUCUGAGUUUUCACUUUCACUCAAACACUAUAAGGUAGAUACUGUAAUGACAGUUACAUUGACCUCACGAGAAAUAUGAGGCUGGCCAGCCCGUUGCUUCUGCACGAA